AUGGACCCAAAAUCCAAAAAGUGCAGUAACUGCGGUGGAAAUCACACUGCUAACUAUAGAGGCAUAACCCCAUACCAGAANUCCCAUAAGCGUAAAGGCCCGGUUCAAUGUCAUAACUGCCAGGAAUUUGGUCACACAUGUCGCUACUGCACCUUACCUGUUGUCUGUGUUAUCUGUGAGGAUCAACACACUUCUAAGGAAUGUGUGGAACCAAACAUGGACCCAAAAUCCAAAAAGUGCAGUAACUGCGGUGGAAAUCACACUGCUAACUAUAGAGGUUGUCCAGUUUAUAUCUUAAUGAAAGAGAAAACAAUUCCCAAAAAUAUUCGCAUUAGGCAUAACCCCAUACCAGAACCCGCUAAGCAAAUGUCUGCGCCAAUGACUGUUAAUAACUUUACUUCAUAUGCACAAAUGCUCAAAAAUACUCCUCCGACACAACCAAUUUUUGGUCAGAAUAGUAGUAACCUAGAAGAAGCUACUAUAAACAACUUUAUGAAUGUUAUGCAGGAGCAAAUGAUGGCAAUGCAGAGCAUGGUACAAGAUUUGAUUANAACAUGGACCCAAAAUCCAAAAAGUGCUGUAACUGCGGUGGAAAUCACACUGCUAACUGUAAAGGUUGUCCAGCAUAACCCCAUACCAGAACCCGCUAAGCCAAUGUCUGCGCCAAUGACUGUUAAUAACUUUACUUCAUAUGCACAAAUGCUCAAAAAUACUCCUCCGACACAACCAAUUUUUGGUCAGAAUAGUAGUAACCUAGAAGAAGCUACUAUAAACAACUUUAUGAAUGUUAUGCAGGAGCAAAUGAUGGCAAUGCAGAGCAUGAAUAUGAGUAACCUAGAAGAAGCUACUAUAAACAACUUUAUGAAUGUUAUGCAGGAGCAAAUGAUGGCAAUGCAGAGCAUGGUACAAGAUUUGAUUAAAAAUCAAAAUCUAUUACUUCAAGCCAUUUUAUGCGAACGGGAUAACCUAGCAUAA